AACCCCACUUUUGACAAAAAAAAAAAACUUAUUCCGAGCGCACGUUUAUUUUGGUUGUCGCUCAGUUGUCGAUCCCUUGAUUGACGAGCGAUGUGGACGUUCCUGGGAAUCGCCAGCUUCACCUACGUUUACAAGAAAUGCGACGCCGUCCUGCACUAUGCCAACAAGGAGGUCGCGCUGGUCUUCCUGGGCUGCUGCUUGCUCGCCUCCCUGCUGUCCUACGCCAGGUACCGCAGCGGGCAGGCGCUGCCCAGCCUGGGUCUGGACAUCCCGGCGUCCCUGCCGCUGGCCCGCUUCUUCUCCGGACGGGACACGGACUCCGGCAGCCGGGCCGAAAAGAGGGCGCGUCCCGGAGAGGGGAGGAGGAGGCGGCGGCACGUCGGACCCGCGGACUCCACCUGGCCGGACAGCGAGUGCGGCUCGGCCGCCGACUCUCGGGACCCGGACGUCGUGGUUGUCGGGGCCGGGGUGCUGGGCUCGGCCUUGGCGGCGGUGCUCGCCAGGGACGGCAGGCGGGUGACGGUGAUCGAGAGGGACCUGCGGGAGCCGGACAGGAUUGUCGGGGAGCUGCUGCAGCCCGGGGGGUACCGCGCCUUGAGGGAGCUGGGACUGGACGGUAAGCGUUCCCACUGUAACUGUUUGUCUUUCCAUCUGGUACGCGGACAGGAGCCAGUAGGAGUUGCUUCUAAUUGAGCACUACGUGUGUGGAGAAUGUUUUAAAACUUAAUUGUUUUAACAAAAUAAUUUCUGGAGUUGAUGUUUCAAAUAUGCUUUUAGUCUUGCUAAACUAUAUUGCGUUACUUAGCAUUUUGUCUUG